AUGGCUACUUCGGAAGUGUUUUACAAAAUCACCACAAGAACUUUAGUGAUAGCAGAUGGUCGUAAGGCUGAAGAGAUGAUUUUGACAGGAGGCUUGAAAUCUCUCCUUCCCCAUGUGCUAAGAAGAAUAAUUCGAUGCAACACACUCAGUAUUAGUAGUACGUGUGGAAUGGCGGAGGGCUAUAAACAGGCCAACGUCGUGAUUUUGCACAAGUCCCUGGCUGAUGACUUUGAGAAGUUUUGCCAUGCAAAUGAUGGACCCCUGCCGCUGCUGUACAGAAGUAAACCAGGUGAAUGGGCAUGUCCUUCUCUCAGUAGUGAUUCUGAUAUCAGAACUGACUGCCUGCAGUACAGAAUAUAUGAGCACGGAACUUAUACUGGAUCACUGAAAAGCCUAAAGGAGUAUUCUGAACAACUUAAGGACAUGGUGACUUUUUAUUUAGGCUGCAGCUUCUCUUUUGAAAAAGCAGUCCAAAAUGCUGGCAUUCCCAUAAGAAAUGUUGAGCAAAAAUGUAAUGUAAGCAUGUAUAAGACAGCCGUGCCUUGCUACAGUGUUUCUCCUUUUUGCUGCAACUUAGUAGUCACAAUGAGACCUGUUCCUGCAAGCAAGUUGGAAGCAGCUGUGCUAGCGACAUCAGGAUUAAAAGAAGCCCAUGGAGCCCCAAUUCACAUGGGUGACCCUG